UUUCAUAAUCAUAGUGUAUUUAUUGGAACCAACUAUUGUCGUCCCUCUUUUCCGGCGACGGACAAUUAUGACGGGCUUCAGUGAAAAGCCGAUUUUAAUAGACGGCCGUGGCCACUUACUCGGUCGCUUAGCGGCUGUAGUAGCGAAAACAAUUCUCCAAGGAAAUCGAGUAAUUGUUAUACGAUGUGAACAAUUAAACAUCUCUGGAAAUUUUUUCAGAAAUAAAUUGAAGUUUAUGUCAUUUCUCCGAAAGAGAUGUAAUGUCAACCCAGCACGUGGACCUUUCCAUUUCCGGGCACCUAGUAAAAUUCUAUGGAAAACUGUGAGAGGCAUGAUUCCACACAAAACUAAACGUGGUAAGGAGGCGUUACGAAGACUUAAGGUGUACGAAGGAUGUCCUCCUCCAUACGACCGCAGAAAGAGUGUUGUUGUUCCGGGGGCUAUGAAAAUUAUCUGCUUAAAACCCGGAAGGAAGUACUGUCAUGUGGGUCGCUUGUCUCAUGAAGUUGGAUGGAAGUAUAAAUCCGUUGUACGGGUUCUAGAAAAUAAGCGUAAAGUCAAGACUAUCAUGGGAAUACAAAAACGAGAUAAACUUAAGAAACUUACAAAACAAGCUGGAGAAAAAGUGGCUAAGAUUACUGCUCCAUAUACUAAAAUCAUCAAUGAUUAUGGAUAUAACUAAAAAUGUAUCGUAUGGAUUAAUAAAAUUCAAAUUUCUAUAUUGAAA